CCACAGCAAUAUCUCACAACCCCACCAUUUUUUUUCUUGUAGAUUCUUCUAUUUUCAAUAUUUCAUCAACACCCACAAAAAAAAAAAAAAAAAAAAAAAAAAAAACCCUCAAUCUUUUACAUACAAAUUUGAUCCAACAUUAGAAGCUCUCAAUUGUUCUUGAUUCGUCGUUUGUCCACGAGACAAACAAUGAGAUUUUGGAUAGAUAUAUUAUACCACGAUAGAAGAACAGACAAAUAUAGAUUGUCAAUUGGCUCCAGUGAGAGAAGACAGAAAAACAUCACAUGAUUUUACAACUUUAGUUUUGGUUGAGAUGAUGCGUAUGAUGUGAGCUUCAAUUGUUACCUGUUAAAUUUGUAGAAGAAAUUGUUGAGAAAUUGGAAACAUGAUGUCCCCUGGAAUUAACUUGGUGAUGACUGUAAUCGGAUUUACAGUGAGUACUAUGUUUAUAGUGUUCGUGUGUACGAGACUUAUAUGUGCUCGUAUUCAUUACAUAUCUUCCAGAAGAUCCUUUCGUAUGUCUUCUAGAUCUGAUCUCAACGCUAUGGAGCGGGGCAUGCGUGGUGCUGAAACUUUUGUUGCAGCAAGCUUCCCUACAAAGAAAUAUAGCGAUCCGUUUUUUUCGUGCUCAAAAGAUGCUCAAUGUAUAGUUUGUCUUUCAGAAUACCACGCAGAUGACACCCUUCGUAUUCUGCCCUCGUGUGGACACUUUUUCCACUCAUCAUGUAUCGACAUCUGGCUGCAGCAGCACUGCACGUGCCCCGUAUGUCGAGUCUCAUUGCGUGAAGUUUUUGACAAAAGGUGCUUAAUGCAACCCAUGUUCAGUUCGGCUGUCAGAUUCCCAUCAAGCGCGGAUGACAGCCAUAGGAUGGACCCAACCACUAAUGGUCAACCAAGGUCAACUGGCAACGUACAAGAAGCGGGACUACACAACUCAAACGUCAGCGAGAACGGUCCUGCUGGCUCAAAAAGUCCGGGGAACAAACAAUUUGAAAGCCCGUCGGAUGUUUAAUUAAGAUCACCACAUAUGUGUGAUCAAAGUUUGUAGCUUUUGAGUGAUGGUAAAGUGUCAAAGAUGUUGGGGGUGUUAUUGUCUUUUUAGGAAUUUGUUUGUUUUGGCUUUACCAGUAGUAUUUGUAUAUAUUUGAAGAUCAGAAGAGUUUGAUGAGUAGAUUGUUGUCAUAGUUGUAUACGUAUAUAGAAAGUUACCUUUGGUAAGGAAGUUUCUUUAGUGUUUUA